AUGAUGGAUGAGAAGAAAACCAUGGGUUCAGGUACUUCCUUUACAGGCAUGUCCAAUUAUCCCUUAUCUGACACAGGGUCGAAUGGGUCAUCUUCCGGAAAUAAUGCAAAUGGUGCAGGGAGUGACCACAAAAAUUCAACUUCUUCUGAUACCCCAAAACGGCUGAAGAGAAAAAGUGCUGAGUUGGCCAGUAAGAAAACUCAUCUAAUUUAUAAUCAUAAUCAUAACGGUGAAGACUUUGAUAUGUUAGAAGAUGCUACUCAUAACACCAUAAAGACUAAUAAGACAUAUAUAUUCAAAUUAGAAGAACCAGGGUUACAGAAUAGUCCCAUAAUAAAUUCAGACAGUUCAAAACUGGCUUCUCCGUUUCACGAUAAAGAUAUAACGUCAAUGUUGAAUGUUGAUUUAAAUAAAGUAAAGAUGGUCAAUUUGCAGAAGGGAGACUUUGUAGAACCUCCUUUGGCUCCACCAAAACCUUCAUAUUCUGGUGUACCAUUGGAAUCUUUUCCUCCAACGAAAGUGAGGAAAGAUUCUCUUUGGCCGAAAUCCAAAAAGACUAAAACCAAUGAUAAAGAACCGAUAAUUAUCGAAUUUCCAGUAGAGGAAAAUGAAAAGGAAUAUAAAAUGAACCUCACUACCAAAGAAUCUUAUAAAUUAACUCAAGAUAGUAAAAUACGAACAAAUGUCAAACCAAGUAAAAAUCCUAAAUCAAAAAAUUCCACUCCAGUACUGAAGAAAUCUGUCGGUACACCAAAAGUUAAGAUAGAAAAACUUUCAGAUUCUCCAUUGAGGUCAUCUAAAAGAAUAAAAGUUAUUUCACCCAAGAAAUCCAUAACGUCAUCAAAUUUGGCCCCUACUUUGAAUAAAAAUGAAGGUGAUGUAAGUCAACUGGAUGAUGCAUCUAAUGAUGAUUUUUGUAGUGCAUGUGGGGGCUCAGGUGUUUUCAUUUGUUGUGAAACAUGUCCUAAAUCAUUUCAUUUCAUUUGUUGUGAUCCUCCAUUAGAUGAUUUACCUGAAGAUAAUUGGAGUUGUAGAGAAUGUUUAGCCAAACAACAUCCAGAAAUUACCAAAAAAUGGAAUUCUAUUGGUUUGUUUGGUCAAUUGUUAAAUCAAACUGAGUCAAUGAACCCCUUUGAAUUCCAAUUACCUAAAAAAUUAAGAGAUAAUACAUUCAUGAAAGUGUCAACUGAUGCUCAUGGUCAGUAUGAUGAUGGAACUUUAAAACCAGAAUUGAGUUAUUCAAAAUUGAAUGGUUCACAAAUCCCAGGUUUUAAUUAUAACCAUUCAUUGGAAGUUGAUUCUCUUUAUGAUAAAUCAGGUAAACCUUAUUUAUGUCAUAAUUGUGGGUUAUCAGGAUUAGAAAAUCGUUUCAUAGUUCAUUGUGAUUAUUGUUCUCUAGUAUGGCAUAUGGAUUGUUUAACAGAACCCUGUUAUAAAUCCAAGACUAUCGGUUCAAAAUGGAGAUGUCCUAAUCAUAUUGAGAAUUUGAUACCGAUAAAUAUCUUUGGUAAGAGAAACUUAAAAGACAGUCCUAUUUUGGAUGUUUCGUUGCACAAUAACUUCUUGAAGAUUCUCCACAAUUCUAAUUUCUUAAUUAAAUACAGGGACCAACCAUUUUUUAAAACUGAUAGUGAUAAAUUCCCAACACUACAAGAAUACCUUCAAUAUGAAAUGGAAGAUUUCAAAAGAUUCGAUCCAUCCUAUUCCAAAAGUAUUUUCAAUCCCGAAGGUGUGAAUACCUUAGAUAAUAACGAUGAUAUUCAUGAAAAUUUUAAGGUUCCAGAUUUCUUUAAUAAUAAUUAUUCCAUUCCUAAUAGUAUAAUCGGUAAACCUAAUUCAAAAUUGAAGAAAAUUAUUACAAUGACAGAUGAAAGUGAUCCAUUUAAUGUCAAUGAUGAAGAGAAUAUUAAGAAUAAUAAGGUAAAUUCUUUCAUUUAUAGAGUUCCUGAAGAACUGAUAUUAUUGGAUUUCAUAACUAAGGUCAAGAAACCCAAUAAACCAAAUAGAAGAAUGCAACAAAAGUUCAAUAAGGAAGCCAAAGAAGAUAUUUUGAAGACUAUUGAAUAUUACGAAAAUGAAAAAGAUAAAGAAGUUGAAGUUGAAAGUGAGUUUAUUGAAAAUUCUGAAUAUUUCAAAGAUAAUGCUAAGAAUGGGAAAGAUAAUUCUAAAUUGGAAUAUUUAGUUACUGCAGCUUUAAACGGCGAAGCAGCCAAUGAGACAAAUGAAGACUCAACAAAUGAAGAUUUAACAAAUGAAGAAAUACUAAGUAUCAAAAAGUUAAUGAAAAUUAAAGGUAAAAAUGCCUUGUUAGAAUUUUUGAAAUCAUAG